UAAUGGAAAAUAUAAUUUUAGAGUUGGAUAAGGAUAUUUUAAUGUUGAAAGUUACAUUUUGUCAAGACAUUUUGAGAAUUUUAGAGUUGCUACGAGUUGGAAGAUGUAAACUUCGAGGGCUUAUGCUCUACGAAUUAUACAAAACACAUAAAGUUCUUCAAGAGAAGCAAAUAGAAAAGGAAAACUCAGAAUUGUUGGAGGUAUUUAUAAAAGAAUGCAGUGAUAUUUUGAUGAAUGAUGUUACGGCACCUUUAGAAAUAAAAGAAUGGAAUCUAGAAAAACAUUCUUCUUUAAAUAUUUCUAAUGGAGUUAUCAAAGAAGUAUACCAAGAGGAUCUGUCUGCCUGUUGAAACUUCGUUGUAAAAUAAAAUCUAAGUAAUAAACGACACCAAUUGUAUUACUUUAAACAGAACAGAACAGCCUGUGUUAGGCAAGCAAUGUUUUACCAAAAAUAUUCCUGUACAGAGGAUAGUGCCACGAUGAACUUUUUUGGCGUCGCUUUUUUGCACAUGUGGAUACAUAUAAGGUGUUUGCGAAAUUCUUGCAUGUAAGAAUUUUUUUGCGCAAAAAUUUCACGAAAAUAAAUGUAUUCCUAUGGCACGUAUUUUAGUUGGGUACGCGUGAGCUGUGCGACCGAUCAUCCCGUACUCUUUUUUUAUAAACGUAGAUUGCUGAUACUUUUAAACUUAACAUGUAGUACAAAUACGCUAGUUCCGAAUAGAUAUUAAGUAAAUAGAUAAGUAAUAAAUAUUUCUGAACAAUACUUUCUCCUUAAUGCGUUGAAUGUUCUGAUUAAAAAGAUAUGUAUAAAUCCACAAAAUUAAAUAUUAAUUUGUCAUGUUAGCUUCUCCAAAGCGUAAAAAUAUAUUUAUAUAAAAGUUAUUAAUUUGCGUUUAAACGUGUGCAUAUCUGAAAUAAACACAAGGUUUAAGGAAAAGGUAUAUCAUUUUAUAAAAGGGAUCUGAUUUCGUUUUAUUCAAAAUCAACCACUGCAUCAACAAGUGGUCUAGCCACUUUUUACCGCUUAUUGUUCAGAGUUGUAUAACGUAUUCAAAAGUAUACAAGUGAGCACUCACACAAGUUGUUAGUACUGAAGAUAAAAAUGAAAUUAAUUGAUGAUCCUAUAGUCUGUGACACAAUUUUAGAUAUUUCUCAUAAAACAUUAUUAGGACUGUGUAUCAUAAUAUUUGGAAUUUUAGGAAGUUUAUUAAAUAUAUGGUUGCUUGUUGCAUUUUGUUUAACGUCUAUACUCGUUUCAAGAACAUAUUUACCGUUUCUUAGCCUUUCUAUAGUAACCUUAUGCGAGGAGAUUCUUACUGGUUACUUAUUUACAUCAGUUUCUUCCUUUUAUGGAAGGUGGAUUUUCGGAACUCUUUCCUGUCGCUUAUUCGCAUUGUUUAGAACAAUGUUGAAAAUUUUUGAAAAACUCAACAUAGCCUUAAUUGCUUUGGAGGAGUACAUUCUUACAAAACAAGAAAAUAAAGAGAAAGAACUCCCUUUUAUAUUUUAUGUGGCGUUAGUUACAAUUUGUUGGUUGUUUUCUUUUAUUGUAAGCGUCCUUCCACUGAUAGGAUAUGGAGAAUUUCAUUGUGAUAUAACUGGAGUAAAAUGUGAUUUAAAUUGGAGUGCAAAAGACAACAGAAAUAUUACUUAUAAUAUUUUCGUUUUUGUUCUGGAGGACGUGAUUCCAUUUAUGAUAUGUUACUUCUGCUUGAAAUGGUCUUCGUUGGAUCAAGAAAGAUCAAGCUCAAGAAGGAUUAGAAUUGAACGUCGUGACAAACGAAAAACAGUAGUGUACCUUUGUACCAUGGUGUUCUUUUUCAACUUUCCGGAAACUAUAUUAAAAUUUAUUUUGUUGUUAAAUUCUACGUUAGAAGUGUAUUUGCCAAUUUCUCUAAUUAUACUGGCAACAUUAGUAACUGAGGCAUCAAAGAUGGUUCCUGUUCUUCUCUACUUGAUGUGCGAACCGAACAUUCGCAAAGCUUUGAUAAAUGCCAUAAGUACAUUCAAAUUUAUGAAAAAGAAGAAAUAUCAAGUGUCGACAAAAAGUAACAAAUAA